AUGGCUACCAGAAGGCCUCGCAUCAACCUCAUCCUCGACUUCGACGGCACUAUGACCAGGGAAGACACAACCUCUAUCAUCGGCAGCCGGGUGCUUGCCAAAGCACGAGAACUCGCACAGCCUGGUGUCGCUGAAGACAAACUACCAAAGCCGAUGCAGUUCUACAGCGAACGGUAUAUGGACGAUUACCGACGAUGGAAGGAUUCUCAUCCAUGUCCGGUAAAGGAGCGCUGGAGUGUAGAGGAUGAAGUGGCGUAUCUCUCGCAAUCGAAACUGGUGGAGCAGGAGAGCUUUCUGCGCGUUCGAGAGGCGGUGCUUCGGACGCCGGGGAGGGUGGCGGAGCUUGAGAGGGAUGAUGCAGUGAGAGAUGAGUUCAUGAUGGAGGCGGGGAGGGAUAGUGUGAGGGGUGGUGAAGUGCAGAUCCGGGAGGCGGAGAUUUUGGAGAAGAUGAUCGCUCUUGCUGAGCAGGAUGGUAAUGAGUGGAGUGUUGUGAGCGUGAGUUGGAGUCGGCGGUUCAUCCUUGGUGCCCUUCUCGAGGCCGGGGUGUUACAUCCAGGUCGGAUGGAUGAGGUAGUGAAGCGGGUCUACUGCAACGAGUUGCUCGCCCCUCUACCGCUGGAUAAGAAUGGAGAGCCUGAAAUCACCUGCACGGCGAAAGAUAAGCAGGACGUGCUCUCUGGCCUGCUUGCCAAUUGGAAGCACGACAGCGACAACAUACCAAUAUACGUCGGCGACAGCACGACAGACAUCGGGUGCCUUCUCGGCCCAGCGAUCGGGAUGUACCUCACUUCGGGCAAAGCAGAGGAUGCCGUCUUGCAGACUUUUGCGCAAUUGAAUGUCGAGAGUACUCGGAUAGAAGACUUGCCUACAGAGGAUGCACCCAGGAAGCUGCUCGAGAUGCGUGGGAAGCUGGAGGCGCAGGGUAAGCCUGGCCAUAUCGUAUGUACAAUCACUAGUCUAGAGCAGCUCUAUACCUGGCUCACAAGCCUUCAAUGA